UUAGAGAAAGAAGAAAUAACAACUCCACGACGGAACCCAUCUAAACGAAGAAGGUUAAAGUAGCAUUUUAUAGCAUAUUUCUUAAUACAUAUUUAUAAUUGUUUAGGGAGUGGCGGAGAUAUUUUGUUGCGCGGUGUCAAACAAACAAACAAAAAAAAAAAUAACAGAAAACCACACAGAUAAAAUUUACCACAUACAUUUACAACCACAAGGAAGCAACACCAAGCAUGAGUGACCAGCCACUACCGCAAGAGCAAGUUGCUCAGGAUACUCAAGAUUCAUUGACCUCUGUCCCAAUUGACGACACAGCUUCAGAACAACCAAACAACGUAUCCAGUUCUGACCUUCCACCACCACUUCCUCCACGGAAGGAUUCACCACACAUUAUACAACCACUUUCUUUCACCUUAUCCGACGGAAUCUCCAAGAUAUCUGCCGUCAGACAAGUUGAGAUUUAUUCAUCGCCUCAAUUUCAUGAGACCUCAGAUUUGUUUGUCAACAACACCUUGGGAAAUGACACUAUCAGAGCCAAAAUUGAUGUAUUGAAAGGCGAGUCUGAUAACGAGGAUAUCCAAUAUUGGGUUGGGAUAGUUGAAGAUUAUAGUAAUCAGUUUUUGAAAGGAAAUGAAGGUAUUGACCAAGUUGAACAGAAGGUGAUCAGCGGAAUUCCUAAUGAAGUGAGAUAUUUGGUUUACUUAAAGACGUUACAAGUUAGAUAUAAGUUGAGUCUGAAGGAGACUUUCUCCAGUUUAUUGAACAAGGCUAGACAUGCAAAUGGCAGUUAUGAAUAUAUUGACAAGUCGACUCAAGAUUCCAAUGCUAAAGAUUUGUUGAUUAUUUUGGACUACUUGGUUAAUGAAGUUGGUAGUAAGGCAGAACAUACCAGGGUAAACCUUACCAAAUUUGUUAUAAACAGUUCAGCUGUGAUUAACCAAAUCCAAGAAUUUUCACCAGAAGAAAGGUUGUAUGUGUUACUAAAAUUGAACAAGUUAUAUCAGAACUUGAUCAAGGAAGAAUUCUUUUACAAGGUUAAUCGGACUUUAGAAGAUGAGUUGACUGAUGUGUUUAAACAUAUUACCUUACAGGGAAUCAACUUGAAUUCAACAUACAAGGAAAUUAUUGGGAAUUUCUUUAAUAAGUAUUUUGAAGAUUUCAGUAUAAAUUUGAAAAUUCUUGAUUUUGUGAUAUUUGAAGGAUUUGAUUUCAUUCUUAGACUUAUUGUGUGGGCAGUUUCCUGUAACAAAGAAAAGAUUUUACAAAUCGACGGUGAUGAAUUGCUUGAAUUCAUCAAUUCAAAGGAGUUGUUCUCGGGGCCUGUUAAUUUCCAAGAUAUUUUGAAUAUUCAGCCAGAAAUAAUCAAGUAUGAAAAUGAGUUUCACUUGAUUCACGCCAAUUCAUUCAACUCUAACAGAAAUGAAUUAACCAAUUUAAGAGAAGUCAAUGACGACUUAAUGAUUAAGGUGAACGAGUUGAAACAGAAGAUAGACACGUUACAAACCACCCAUCAAGAGAUUAUGAAUCAAAGUAAAGAAUACAAGGAACAAUUAUCCACUGCUCAACAAGUGAAUGAGAAACUCACGCAGGAAAAACAAGAAUUGAAUCAAAAAUACGAGGAAUUGACCAUGAAGGAAAACCUUCAAAAUACAAUCAAAGCCAAUAAAGAGUUUUAUCAAAGGAAUAAUGAAUUACAACAGCAAGUUGAUGAAGUUAGGGAGAAGAUUGAAGAAAUGAAGGUCAAACUCAGCAAAGUUUCACCUGUUCCUGUGGAGGGACAAUAGUUCGUAUAGAUUGUAUAGUUAUAUAUAUAUUUUGCACCCAAUAACAGUAACCGGCUAAACACCACCGCCCUCCCUCGUAAACACCGAGAAUGUCAUAACAACCUGAGACAAUAGCCAUAUGCAUGAUGUUUAUGUCGUAUAUUAAUUAGCCACUUGAGUAGUGUUGUCGAUCGACAACGCAUGUAUCUUGACCGACGUUCGUAAUUCGGCUUAGUAGCCAGACUAAAUUACACACAUUUGCCUAACGAAUAAUACCACGCACAUGGUAGCUCUUGGUAUAGCUUUAAGGUUGAGUCAAUCAGAGGCGAGGUAUUAAGCUUCGGAUAACCGAAUGUAUAAUUAAGAUUAAACUCCGCAUAACCGAAAUAAAUUUUACUGUGCCCCUUAAACGUUUGCCGCCUUGUCGACACGCGUGGGACUAAUCGGCUGUAAACCCCAUUUCUACACGAUCGACAUCGUAAUACUAUCGUUCUUCGCCCCCCGGUGGUUCCGAAUUCUGGAACUAGGUCGACUAAAUUAAUAGUAGAGACGAUUGGCAUGACAACUUGACAGAUUCCAUCACGAAACGGUACUGUACGGCAUAAAAUUCCGAACGGUUU